CGGGUGACGUAAAGCUAUAAAGGCCCGCAGCGCCUUUGUUCGCCCCCAUUGCGCAGUUGCAGAUCGGCGCGGGCGGAGUAGGUCAUUUACAGAAUCAAAAUGGUUGAAGCAGAUCGUCCUGGGAAGCUGUUCAUUGGGGGCCUGAACACAGAGACUAAUGAAAAAGCCCUUGAGGCUGUAUUCGGCAAAUAUGGACGCAUUGUGGAAGUCCUUUUGAUGAAAGAUCGGGAAACAAACAAGUCCAGAGGAUUUGCAUUCGUCACGUUUGAGAGUCCAGCAGAUGCAAAAGAUGCUGCCAGAGAUAUGAAUGGAAAGUCAUUAGAUGGGAAGGCAAUUAAAGUGGAACAAGCAACCAAGCCAUCCUUUGAAAGUGGUGGUAGGCGUGGGCCACCGCCCCCUCCCCGAAGCAGAGGUCCUCCCAGGGGCCUUAGAGGCGCAAGAGGCGGAAGUGGCGCGAGAGGACCACCUUCAAGAGGGAGUCACUUGGGGUCUUCUCGAGGACCACUUCCCAUGAAGAGGGGUCCACCUCCACGAAGUGGAGGCCCUCCACCUAAAAGAUCUGCACCCUCAGGACCAGUGCGUAGCAGUAGUAUGGGAGGAAGAGCUCCUGUGUCACGUGGAAGAGAUGGUUACGGUGGUCCUCCGCGCAGAGAGCCAAUGCCAUCACGGAGAGAUGUUUAUAUGUCUCCAAGAGAUGAUGGCUACAGCACUAAAGACGGUUAUUCAAGCAGAGAUUAUCCCAGUUCCAGGGAUACCCGGGACUACGCACCACCUCCACGAGACUACGCAUAUCGUGAUUAUGGUCAUUCCAGUUCACGUGAUGAAUACCCCUCCAGGGGAUAUAGUGAUCGUGAUGGAUACGGUGGUGGGCGUGACAGAGACUACUCGGAUCAUCCAAGUGGAGGCUCCUACAGAGAUUCGUAUGAGAGUUACGGUAACUCACGUAGUGCUCCACCUGCUCGAGGGCCCCCGCCAUCAUAUGGUGGAAGCAGUCGCUAUGAUGAUUACGGCAGCACACGAGAUGGAUAUGGAAGCCGAGAAAGUUACUCAAGCAGCAGAAGUGAUGUCUACUCAAGUGGCCGUGAUCGUGUUGGAAGACAAGACAGGGGUCUUCCCCCAUCCAUGGAAAGGGGCUAUCCACCUCCUCGGGAUUCUUACAGUAGUUCAAGCCGCGGGGCGCCCAGAGGUGGUGGCCGUGGUGGAAGCAGAUCCGAUAGAGGUGGAGGCAGAAGCAGAUACUAAAAACACUCUUAAACUUUUGGACCAAGACAGAUUAUUUCUCAAAUGUGGAAGCUGUUCUAUCUUUACUACCAGAGGACUACUAAAAAGAAAAGUUGUUUUUAACCUUUUUUUAUUGUUGCCUGUUAAGUUUUUCCCUCCAUGACUUUUAUGCUUUUGUGAGAAACAGUUGAAACAAUGUUUAAUAUCAUUUCAAAAUUGUUAACAUUUCUUUCAGAAAGCAGAUGUUAAAUGUAUAAGCUUGAGCUGUGUACUAGUGUUGUAAUUUUCAAAGUAAAGUUUCCCUGAAAUGCCACACUUCCAUCUGAUUUUCGUCAUGAAUGGAACAAGCUGUUCUUAAGAUCUUCCGCACAACAUCCAACCAUCUAACAUGGAGAUGGAUUGCUCUACAUGUUCAGCAUCUCAUUCUGAAAGUAUUGCUUGUGAUUUGGAGGGUGGUGGGGAUGAUUCCACAUAAAGCUCAGUUGUGCCUAGAAUUUGAAGUCGCAGUAUUCCCAGUACAAAAUGCCUUCAGAUCCUUGUGUAAAGAAAAAUAGAGGAUUUCAUUCACUUAAGCCAAAAAAGCAAGUGGAUAAUACUAUAUUCUGCCUUCCUACUGUUUCAUGGGGAGUUUAAAAAGGUCUCCCCUGCAAAAAAAUCAUGUUCACGUAAGUCAGCUACAAAAUACUGUUAAAAAAACAACAAUCCGCAAACCAUUGCCCAAUUCCAUCAACGAAGCUGCAAAUUGAUGCUUACUCACACUGUUUCAAAUUUUUGCAACUCUGUAGUGUUUCACUUCUAAAGGAACAUCUUUGAUUCCAAAGGAGAAAAUAAGAUAAGCAAAGAAGUCUUUCUCUCCAACUUCUGAAAGGCUUAUGGCUUCCUAAAAUAAGUGAAUCUUUCAGCAUUCCACAGCUGAUUAAGAGCAUCAAAUGCCUGUGAAACAGCAAAGAUGGUAAGCAAAGCAAACUAGUUUUUCAGUCUAAGUGAAAAUUGAAACAAGUUACCUUCUUCUAGUACAGUAAGACAAGCUGCAUGUCAUGGCAAUGGAAGUGCUGUAUAGAUUAAACAAAAAAAAGGAAAAUAAAUUCCCCAAUACAUUAGAAAGUCUCCAAAUUCAACAAUCCUUGGAUAAAAAGCAUUUAUGGCACCAGUUUUGAAACUAAAGCUGUAAUGCAGCUCACUGUAGAUGCAGUAUUGCCAUAUAGUGUGGGGAGGGGGUAUUUUGUGACCAGUAUCUCUCAGUGAAGAUGCUUAAAGAAGCUGCAUAUGCAGCAUAUUAACAAAAUUUAAGCCUUGUGAAGUGAGGAAUUGGUUUAGGUUGAGAAAUACCAGCUCAGCCUAUUGGGAGUUGGAAGCAAGAAAUGCAGACUUGAUGUUUAGUUGGAUGCCUAACUGUUUAGUUUGACACUGCGUUGCAGGGAUACCCAGGGAUGCAUGUGGCAGAGUCUGUGGCAAGUUGUUAUAACUUGGGUGAAGCCAUGAAGUUCAAAAGAUACUCUUGAAUAUAGUAAACAUGAAGACCUCCAACUAAAAAACCAAACCACAAACCCAAAACCUUUGUACUACUGUUUAGUCCUCAGUAAAUUUUGUCGUUCAAAUUAUGGAUUUAACGUGACAGUGCACCAUUGAAAAGGAAUGAGAAUCCAUAAGCCAUGCAACCUUUCUCUAAGCCAUUCCAGUUCAUUCCAAGCCAGUGAGUGAAUCCUCCACCUCUUUAAAGAAGUAGUAAAACUUGCAACUGAGUAAUAUCUGCAAGCGAAACUUGUGCCAUUGUUUUGAAAUGGGGGCAAUUACUGUAGGUUAGUUUGUGCUGUAACACAUAUUUUUCUCAAUUUGUUGUAUCUUCUCUUAAUUGCAGGGGGAUAACUUCUAGAAGAUACCACUGAAAUAGUGCUGGUUCAUCUGUUGAUGGCAGAUAUGAAUGGUGCCUGUACCAAUACGUAAGUUACGGUGAAAGGUGAAGGUGGCAGUGCAGCAGUGGAUGUGCAUUGGAAAAUCAAAGGAUAACAAAUCACAGCUGAUACAGCCUGGCUUUUGAGUGUAGUGUUGCCUACCAUUUUCUAGAGAAAUGUGUAAGCAUUCUGGAGUUGCCUUUGAAAGUAGCACUACCGAUAUCUUGGACAUACAUAAAAUUUAUGGUGGACGCCAACUGCUGUCUGCCAUAGCUCGCACCUUCCAGCAAUCCAGAGUGAGCUGGUUCAUUGCUGGUUGCACACACAUCCUACAGCAGCAAAAUGCUUUGGUUGCCUUUUACAUGUGUGCUUACCAUUUAUGCUGAUAAAAAGAGCAAGUUACACAGAAGUAAGUCUUAGUCCACUUGAAUACAGAAGACUUCACCAAGAAACCACGGAAAGUUCUGCUAUAUUACAUUAACAGUUUUGUCCCAACCUUCUGGAUGAGAGGAGGGGAGUAUUGCUGUACUGAGACAAUGUUAGUGAUGAAUGGCCAGAAUAAUUAGUGCUCCUCGAUGUACACUGGACAUCUUGGUGCUUCCUUCAAAACUUUGUCUUGAUUUUGAUGCAUUUUUCUCUUACAUACUUGUUGAUGGGCCAAUGUAUAUGAGAGGAAUCUUCAGGCAUUGGUAUUUAAUGUAGAAAAUUCAUAAACAAUAAUGGAUAAUAAAAUUUAUACUGACUUUUGUGAUGGA